AUGGUUGCCACUGAUAAGCCUACCGUAACGCCCCAGGAGACGACUACCUUACCCCCGGCGAGUUCGCCAGCUCCCUCUCCCCCAAACGGUGGUCUUGCAGCAUGGGUGGGUGUGUUUGCUGGCUUUCUCUUGUUUUUCACCACCUGGGGCUUUUCGACAGCCUACGGCGCCUUCCAACACUUUUACCAGACAGAUCUCUUAAGAGAUCGCUCACCGCCACAGCUAUCGUGGAUUGGCACUGUUAAUGCCUUCUUUCUGAUUUCCACUGGUGUCAUCGCUGGCCCAUUGUUCGACCGGGGUUUCUUAAUCCAUCUCAUGGUCGCCGGAUGCUUCUUGACUACACUUGGGCUUAUGAUGUUAAGCCUUUCUCAAAAAUACUACCAAGUGCUUUUAUCCCAGGGUUUCUGCUGUGGAAUCGGUAGCGGCCUCAUCUACGUGCCUGCCCUGUCUCUAGUGUUAACAAGCUUCACGAGCCGCAAGGGCAUUGCCCUCGGCAUGGUGACCUGCGGUGCCAGUAUUGGCGGGGUUCUAUUUCCCAUCAUCUUCAUACGCUUGCAGCCUCAGAUCGGCUUCCCCUGGACGGCGCGAGUUAUGGGGUUCAUCCAGCUCGGCUGUUCAUGUGUUGCGGUUCCUCUACUGAUGGCGACCACUAAGCCGAAACGCAGUUCCCCACGCCAAUUAAUCCAUUGGGGUGCGCUCAAGGAGUGGAGCUUCAAUGCCUGUGGGGUCGCUAAUUUUCUCAUGUUCAUGGCCUAUUUCGUACCACUGUUCUAUGUACCUUUCUUUGCCUCGCAGGUCCUCGAGACUUCGACAGAAAUGAGCUUCUAUCUCGUAUCAAUCUUGAACGCCGGCUCUGCUGUCGGCCGUUUAGGGUCGGCAUUGUUGACGCAACGGCUAGGCGCCGGUUUGAUCUUGAGUGUCAGUGUUACCGCAUCGGCCGUUUUGAUUUUCGGUUGGAUAGGCGUCAAGACGCAGGCCUCCUUUAUCACGUUUUGUGUAUUAUUUGGCAUCUCCUCUGGGGUUUUGAUAUCAGCAAAUCCUUUGGUGAUCGCGCACUCCGUUGUCUCACCCACGCCGGCUAUGAUUGGGACCCGUAUGGGCAUGCUGUGGUUUGCAGCGAGCCUGGGAGUGCUGAUUGGGGCACCUAUUGCGGGCGCAUUGAGGGCCAUGGCGGAGGAAAUGGGUAUCUUGGACUGCAGGCAUUCAGCGGUGCUGUCAUGGCCGGCGGGGGGAUCUUCUUGA